AUGUCACCAAGUAGCUUGCAAAUUAAGGUCAAUGCCUUAAAAAGGUUAAUAAAAGAAGAAUCAUUAUACCAACAAGAAGUUGCUGAACAGCAAAAUUAUGUAAAUCAAAUGAAAUCAAAUAAUGCUGAUGAAUACGAAUUAAAGAAACAGAUCCAAGUAUUAGAAGAAUCACAAAGAAUGGUGCCAGAAGUUUCCGAAAAAAUUAAAAAGCAUAAACAAGCUUUAAUAGAGUAUGUGGAAAAUUAUAAAGGCGAUGAGGAUUUAAGUGCUGCUAAAGAAUUAAUUGGUGCCUAA